CACAUGUUCACAUGGUCCAGUCUGCUGCUUCCUCCAUCACACACUCUCAGUCACACACACACUCUCAGUCACACACACACUCUCACACACUCAGCAUGCCUCCGUUUGACAAAACCCAGCUGCAGAACAAACCGUUCAAACAGCGGAAGAGUUUCGCGACACGAAAACAGGAGGUGGCGGGAAUCAGGUCCAAAUUCCCCAACAAGAUCCCGGUGAUCAUUGAACGCUACGAGAGGGAAAAGUUUCUGCCUCCGCUCGAUAAAACAAAGUUCCUGGUGCCGCAUGAACUCACCAUGACGCAGUUUGUCACCAUCAUCAGGUAAACUGCAUCCUGCAAAA